CAAUGGGAGGUUACAAGCUGUAAAACCCGGCGUCUCCCUCUUAGCUAAUUAACAAAGGCCAUUGGCACGGGUGCUCUUUCUAAGCGGAGCAACCUUCUACUGUUCUUCGUGGUUCACCGUCUCUUCCAGAAGCAGUGGGAGCAUGGCCGCAACGCCGCAAGUUAUUACAUGCAAAGGUGCUGUAUGGUGGGGAGGCGGAGAAAAUGAUGUAAAGUUGCAAGACAUACAAGUGGAUCCUCCCAAACCUACCGAAGCUCGCAUCAAGAUGCUCUUCGCCAGUGUCUGCCACACCGACCUCCUUAGGGCCACAGGGUUUCCACUUCCUUUGUUUCCUCGAGUAUUGGGGCAUGAAGGAGUUGGUGUUGUUGAGAGUAUUGGGGAGAAAGUAACAGAUCUAGAAGUAGGCGAUGUUGUGAUUCCAACAUAUAUUGGUGAAUGUCGAGAAUGUGAGAACUGCAUUUCAAGGGAAUCCAACUUUUGCCUGAAAUACCCUAUAAUAAUCAGCGGCCUAAUGCUGGAUAACACUUCAAGGAUGUCCAUAGGAGAUCAAAAGAUAUUCCAUCUUUUUAGUUGUUCCACAUUUGCAGAGUACAUGAUAACUGACGCAAAUUACCUUGUCAAAGUUGAUCCCAACAUUGACCCAGCCCAUGCUAGCAUCAUCUCGUGUGGGUUCUCAACUGGUUUUGGGGCUGUUUGGAAGGAAGCCAAGGUUGAAAGUGGAUCAUCCGUUGCUGUUUUUGGCCUUGGCGGCGUUGGCUUAGGGGCUAUUAGCGCGGCCAAAAUGAUGGGGGCAGCUAAGAUAAUUGGUAUUGACAAAAAUGAAGUGAAGAGAGCAAAAGGAGAAGCUUUUGGAAUGACUGAUUUUGUCAAUCCUGAUGCAUCUGAUAAAUCAGCUUCAGAGUUGGUCAAGGAACUGAGUGGUGGAAUGGGUGUGGAUUAUUCCUUUGAGUGCACCGGAGUUGCCCCUUGUCUUACUCAGGCGCUGCAAGCCACGAAAUUGGGGAAAGGAAAGACAAUAGUAAUUGGUUCAGUAACUGAAGAAUUUGUGAGCAUCAACUUUCGAUCUCUUUUACUUGGUCGAACUUUAAAAGGAUCUGCUUUUGGAGGACUAAAACCCAAAUCUGACCUGCCUUUCAUAGUUGACAAAUGCCUGAAAAAGGAGUUCCCUCUUCAUGAACUUCUAACUCAUGAAGUGUCAUUGACGGAUAUAGACAAAGCUUUGUGGCUAUUGAAACAACCAGAUUGUGUCAAAGUUGUCAUUAGGAUGUGAAUAUGAUACUGUCGUACAUUGUGCGUGGUUUGUAUUUGAAUGUCAAUCCUUGUACCGUAGUUUUAGUCAAGCACGCUUUUUUGUAUUAACUAUACUUGAAAAUUAAGUGGUGCCAUAUCAUGCACACAUUUUUAUUGUCAGAAAAAUUGGGCGUCAGGAUCAAAACAGUGAAAUAUUUGGGACGAAGGGCUAGUAAUCCUUAAAGCUGCAUUACAGAUCUGCAAUCAAACUUCAAGAAUCAUCCAGGUAGAUUUUU